AUGAACCCCACCGUCGAUGUCUUUGAAAAGCGUAUUGCUGCCUUGGAAGGUGGUGUAGCAGCCGUUGCUGCAUCUUCCGGGAUGGCAGCUCAGUUCAUGGCCAUCUCUGCUCUCGCCCAUGCUGGUGACAAUAUCAUCUCUACCACCAACCUCUAUGGAGGCACAUACAACCAGUUCAAGAUAUUCCUACCCCGUCUAGGAAUUACUACCAAGUUCGUCGAGGGAGAGGAUCCCGAAAAGAUUGCUUCGUUGAUCGACGACAAGACCAAGGCCGUGUAUGUCGAGACCAUUGGAAAUCCACGGUUCAACGUGCCUGACCUCGAAGCCAUCGCAAAGGUUGCGCAUGAUAGGGGCGUUCCUCUUAUUGUUGACAACACCUUUGCAGCAGGAGGUUAUUUCUGCCGUCCCAUUUCCCACGGAGCAGAUAUCGUCGUCCACAGUGCCACUAAAUGGAUUGGAGGGCAUGGCACGACGAUCGCCGGUGUAGUCGUUGACGCUGGCACUUUCGAUUGGGGCAAGCAUGCCGCUCGGUUCCCCCAGCUGGUCGAGCCGUCUGAAGGUUACCAUGGACUCAAGUUCUGGGAGACCUUUGGCAAAGUCGCGUUUGCCAUUCUAGUCCGCGUCGAGAUCCUUCGUGACCUUGGCUCCGCUCUCAAUCCGUUUGGCGCACAGCAGCUGCUGCUUGGUCUCGAGACACUCAGUCUGCGAGCUGAACGUCACGCCUCCAACGCUAUGGCCCUCGCCAAGUGGCUGGAAAAGCACGAGAAUGUCGCAUAUGUAUCGUAUCCUGGCCUCGAGAGCCACGAAAGCCACGCAACGGCGAAGAAGUACCUCAAAAACGGCUUUGGCGGCGUUCUGUCAGUCGGAGUCAAGGGCGGUGCGGCCGCUGGUGUCAAGGUUGUCGACGGCUUCAAGAUGAUUUCCAACCUCGCCAAUGUUGGCGAUUCGAAAACGCUGGCCAUCCAUCCAUGGUCGUCAACCCACGAGCAAUUGACCGAAGACGAGCGCCGUGCUGCUGGUGUCAGGGACGACGGCAUCCGCAUCUCAGUCGGAACAGAGCAUAUCGACGACAUCAUCGCCGACUUCGAGCAGUCCUUCGCCGCCUGCAACGCUGCUCUUGCCGACCCCCAGCUGGAGAGCGAUAGAACGAAUGACGAUGCAUGUGAAGUGAUCGCUGGCCGUCUCUCUCUCUUCUUUCUUUCUUUCUUUCUUUCUUUCUUUUUCUUUUUUUUUUUUUUUUUUUUUUUCUCUCGGGUAGCCCGACGUCUCGGAUGCUCUGCUAACUCGGAACCAGCCCAGCCCAGACAGCGCCCGCAGGGUGCAGGUACUCUUUUGCCGGCGUCUCCCGCGAAAAGGUACCUGCCGGGAGCCCAUGUGAAAGGACGAGGAGACCCAUGUCGCAGAAGUACCGGUACUUCCUCGGCGCAUACACCAAACGACGGGCGUCGGCCGCAAAGGGAAAUCUUCGUCCAUCAAUCUUCCUCUCUGCUCCGUCGCCUGCAUAUACUCCUCGCCCUCCCUCUCUUCUUCCUCUUCUUCUUCUUCUUCUUCUUCCUCCCUCCUACUCCUCUGCUUGAAUCCGUGGUGUGGAAUGACCGGCUAGCUAUCCUUAUUUCUCGCAUCGCUCUGCGUCCUGGUGCGUCCAUGCCGGCUCCCGUCUAUUAA